AUGGCGAACAAUGCGGCCAAGUAUGAGUCACACAAGCUCAAGACGCCCACCACCACAGCAUCAGCCGCAGCUGCAGCAGCAUUAGGGGGAGCAGCCACAAUACCCGGGGCACCGACCCACACGCGCACAGUGUCGGUACAGAGCGGGCGCAGCCUGCAGCAGAAAUUCUACGAGAACCGCAUCCUCGACCGGUACACGGCACAGGAGCCGAAAAAAGUAACCCUCCGGCAGCUUGUUCUCUUCGGGCGGCAGCUGACAGAAGCCAAACUCAUUGCGUCCGCCAACUACGUGCGGUCCGAGCUGCCCGUGCGGCUGGCGCACCGGAUCAGCGACUUCCAAUACCUUCCGUAUAUCGCCGGCACCAACCCGCAUCUCAAAAUGGUCUACGAUCUGUAUUGGCGCGCCUUUGACGAGUUCCGCAAAUUCCCGGCGAUCAAGUCGCUGAACGAUAACCGGAGAUUCUGCGAUAAUGUCAAAACCAAUUUGCUCGAGCAUUCGCAAGUGAUCCCUCAGCUAGGCAUGGGCGUUGCUGAGUGCGCCGAUCUCGUGUCCCCGGAGGAAAUCGACCGCUUCAUGCACCAGAUGCUGGUCUCGCGUAUCUCACGGCGCACGCUCUCCGAGCAGCACAUUGCGCUGAGCGAGCAAAAUGAGCGCCGCCCCGCCGGGUUUGCCUCGCACCGCAUCGGGAUUGUGCGCGCCGACUGCAGUGUAGCGCAGAUCAUCAAUGACUGCGCAAUGCACGUUGCCAGCAUCUACGAGGACGCCCAUCAGCUGCCGCCGGGCACUGCUCCGCAGGUCAUCGUCGAGGGCCACACCAAUGCGACGUUUAUGUGUAUUCCGGCGCACUUCAGCUACAUCGUCCACGAGCUGCUCAAGAAUGCUACGGGCCACGUGAUUGCACGCUUUGCGUCGCGCCUCGAGAGCGACUCGGCGGCGGAGGUGGCAACGAAACCUGGCGAGCCGCUGUUUCCGGCCAUUCGCGUGACCAUCUGCUCGAGCCACAGCGACAUUGUCGUGCGGGUGUCCGACGAGGGCGGUGGCAUUAAUCCCGAGAUACUGCCGUAUAUCUGGUCAUUCACGCAUCCGCUCAAGGCAAAGUGCUUGCACAAUUUCCAUUCCGUGCAUCGCAUGGAGGCGCGAGUCGACGAGGAUGAUGCGGUGCCGCCGCUGAUGUCCUUUGGGUUUGGCUUGCCCAUGUCCAAUGUUUACGCAAAGUACUGGGGCGGCAGCGUUAAUGUGCAUUCGUUGCCCGGGUAUGGCGUCGACGCCUACGUGCAGCUGCCGCGUCUGGGAAUGUCGUCGAGAACAUUGCCAACCGGCGGGCGCAUAUCGCUUUGGACUCAUAAUUAA